CGCACAUGUCAUUCAAGACUACCUAUCUAUCUAGAUAGAUCGGCAGCACCGCGGUUUCAAGGCCAGGAACAAAAAAACGGCGACGGACGCUGCGCCAUCGCAUGGUGUAUGUAUGUAGUUUCUAUCCCUAAUCUCUAUGAACCCCCUUUUCACAUCAGACUACUACUGCUACUACUGCUACUACUGCUACUGCUGCUACUCCUGCUACUAUUACUACUACGUACAGGCAUACAGGCAUAGUGACAGACCCUUCGAUUGCGUGAUUGCCCUCCCCCUUUUAAUAUUUAUCCUCCUGAGGCUUAGACAAGGCUAGUAAGCGCCAAGGUCUCUCUGGCUAAACAAACCCUUCUCCCCUUUUCCAUCCUAACUACAUAAUGUAUGAUCCUGACUACAUAUGAUGACGGUCACCAGUGUGUGUAGGUAGGGAGUUAGAGUCAAUGUCUUGCUCGAAACUCCGGAGCGGCGAACUGUUACGUAGCUCAACUACCGUGCGUACAUAGGUAUACACAUUCUGCUUCUUCGUAGUUGCUACCCACGGGCAGGCAGGCAAGGCAAGGCAAGGC